CCCAUCUUCAAUUCUGUACUCAACUACUGUCAACCUUCCAUUUCUUUUCUACUCUAAUCUUCGGGUGCUGGUUCUUCUUUCCACCCGUCAUCAUGUCCGCCUUUUUGUACACCCACCACCACCACCACCAACAACAACACCCUCAUCACGGCAUGCCCUCCAACAACCACCACGGCCGCACUCGCCGCGGCCCCAAGAUGGCCCAGCACAACGCUCAGCGCCAAUUCCGGGGAGUCAAGAGCAUGCGGGAACUUGCCGAAGCCCCCGCCGUGACGGCCUUCCGCGCGAGAUUCGAAGCCGGUCGCUCUUUCGACCUCGAUGAUGAUCUGGAGUUUUGCCCCAAUCUCCUGACGGAAGACGAUCUGCACUCGAUCCACUCCGCCUCGUCCGACCGGUCCUCGCUCUCCAGCGGAUCGCCCGAUACCUCUCCGCUGCAGCACCAGAUCCAGCCCGUGCAGCAGGUCGCCCCGUCAAUCUCCCUCUCUCCCGCCCAGACCAACUCCUACGUCCACGCCGGUGUUGCCGCCAACCCUAAUCACGUCAACUUCCAGCAGCCUCAGGCCAACCGGACUCGGAAAGUGAUCCCCAUCGUCAACCCUAACACUGGGAUGACGAUGACCAGCCCUCCCUCAUCGAUUUCACCGGCGAUGAUGCAGGCUGCUCAGCGUCGAUGGUGA